GGCGCACGUUAGCACAGUCUACCCUCUCUCACAGAAGACACACAGAGAGCUCUCUCAUUUAGAGCUCAUUUUUGCUUCCUCAGCUGAGAAAAAACUCAUUCAGGUCAGAUUGAUCGGAAGAGGAUAUGGCGAGCGCAGUGGAUGCGGCGGGAGAUCCGAUCCCUACGUCGGCUGUGCUGACGGCGUCGUCGAAGCACAUAGGGCUGAGGUGCCAAGCGGAGAACGUGGCCUUCCUCAAGUGCAAGAAGAAUGACCCUAACCCCGAGAAAUGCCUCGACAAAGGCCAGCAAGUCACUCGCUGCGUCCUUGGCCUGCUGAAAGAUCUUCACCAGAGGUGCACAAAAGAGAUGGAUGCAUAUGUCGGAUGCAUGUAUUACCACACAAAUGAGUUUGAUUUAUGUCGCAAAGAGCAGCAAGCAUUUGAGAAAUCCUGCCCUUUGGAAUGAGACAUAUAAGCCUAAUCUCUCGGUUACAAUAAUAUACAGUUUGCAUUGAGCAAGUACUGUUGUUGCAUACAGUUUUAACUUUUAAUGGAACUUGUUUGUCAA